AUGAUAGGAAAGCUCCCACUGCGCGUGGGCAAUGUCUCAGGCGCGACAGGGGACCAUCCUCAUGCCAUGGCCCGGAUGGUCAAGUCUGGAAAUGUCGACGUGAUUACCGGUGACUGGCUAUCAGAAAUGAACAUCGCCUGGAAUGCCAUCAUUAAACGCGACACGGACCCCGACCUUGGUUAUGAAGAUGGCUUUUAUCAGCAGCUGGACGAAUGUCUCGAUAAUAUUGUUGAGAAAGGUAUCAAGGUAGUGACAAAUGCCGGAGCGCUCAACACGCUCAGCUUGUACAAUAAAGUCCAAGAUUUGUGCAAACGCCGUGGACAUGGAGACAUUGUCAUCGCUGCCGUCCUUGGAGAUGACGUGACCGAUAUCAUAACGGAUUCCCAGAGACGAAGUCAACUACAAUUUACUCACUUGGACCAUCAAGACCGGUUGUUGGACAAUUGGGAACUCAAACCAUUCUGUGCAACAGCAUACAUCGGAUGUCAGGGUAUUUCCAAAGCCUUAAAGGCUGGUGCCAGCAUUGUUAUCUGCGGACGCGUCACAGAUGCUUCACCUGUCAUGGGAGCUUGCGCUUGGUAUUUUGGUUGGCAAGAAGAGCAAUAUGACGAAUUCGCCGGCUCGUUGUUGGCUGCACAUCUCAUUGAGUGCGGUCCAUAUGUGGUCGGAGCGAACUUCUCAGGAUUCAAGGAUUUCCUUCCGGAAUUGGUCGAUCUUGCCUUCCCAAUCGCGGAGAUUGACUCUGCAGGUCGCUGCGCUAUCACUAGGACAGUCGAAGGAGGCGGUCGGGUAACAGCCGAAACCGUCAAAGCACAAAUGCUGUACGAGUUACAGGGUCACCUAUAUUUGAAUCCUGAUGUUGUGGGAGACCUUUCUGAAGUUCAUAUCGAGGCUACCGACAACGACCCAAACCGUGUCCGUGUCUAUGGCGCACGUGGUCUACCACCUCCAUCAACAACAAAGGUCAUGUUUGCAGCUCCUGGCGGCUAUCAAGCAGAAGCAACAUUUUACAUCAACGGAUUAGACAUCGCUGAAAAAGUGGCCAUGAUGAGAAAACAGCUGGACUAUGCUUUCCGAGACAACAACUUCAGCAAAUUGAGCAUCGAACAGUAUGGUGCGCAGGUGGAUAAUCCGUCAACGCAGCAGGCUGGAACAGUACAGUUGCGGGUAUUCGUACAAGCAAGGCAGAAGCAUGAUAUUGCCCCAUCAAAAUUCAAGAUUCCCAUUUACGCCUUACGGAUGCAAAGCUAUCCGGGCUAUCACAUGGGUCUGGAUUUUCGCACAAUGGAGCCCAAAGCGUUCAUGGAAAUCUUUCCUGCCACAAUCCCGAUCUCUGCGCUUGAUCUCAAGGUCCAAUUGAGUACUGGAGAUGUUCUUGAGGUCGCACCACCACAAUUCACCAAGUGUUAUCCAACGAUUAGACCGUCUUACGAAACCGCCGAGCCCGUGGACCUUAGCGUGUUUGGCGCGACUAGACUCGCGCCCCUUGGGAGUAUCGUCCAUGCAAGGUCUGGUGACAAGGCUGAUAAUUCCAAUGUGGGAUUCUUUGUCCGAAAUCAAGAUGAAUAUCCAUGGCUUCAGACGUUUCUGACAGUGGAUCGACUCAAGGGGCUGUUCGGUGAUGACUGGUUCAAGUGUGAUCCUCAGCGCCGAGUCGAGCGUGUCGAAUUUCCCGGUAUCUUUGCUGUUCACUUCCGUAUCCUUGAUAACCUGAAUGGAGGCAUUGCGUCAUCCGACAGGAUUGAUGGCCUUGGAAAGGGAAUUGCUGAGUAUCUUCGAAGCCGACACGUUGAGAUCCCCAUCAGCUUCCUCCAGAAAGGUGCCAUAUGA